AUAUGUUUUAUGCCUCCAAUCCCAUUGACUACUAGCAUUCUAAUAGAGGUAGGUAGUUACAUGCAACUUCACGGUAAUAAAAAAUGCCCGGUACGUUGAACGAAAUAUCAGACUAUUCCACAUUCAUGAAGAUCAACGCAUUGCCCUUUCGGUUUACCUUUGUUUGUCGUUGAGAUCGCCUCUUUCGGGAAGGUCGCAAAGCGCCACCUAUCCAGGGAGGGGGUUAAACAUGACCGCUAUCUCAGUAUCUCAGGCAGUCUUAUGAAAGGAGCCCUCGCUAAUCGAAGAUGCCACGCCCACGGCUGCUUUUCGUGACCCCGCAACUGAUUUACCUCAUCUCUACAAUAUUUCCCCUUUCGGUGUUUUGUGUCGACGUGCUCCAAUUCAUCGACCCUCUCAUCGGGAGCACUAACGGGGGAAACGUAUUUGCGGGUGCUACAAGACCAUAUGCUUUAGCAAAGCCUGUCGCGGAUGUGGACGGUCAGAAUACGGGAGGUUUCGCGAUAGACGGCUCAAGGAUCACAGGUUUCUCGGCAACACAUGACAGCGGGACGGGGGGGAAUCCUAGUCUGGGGAACUUCCCCUUAUUUCCCCAGAUAUGCCCUGGGGACGACGUCAAUACCUGCAAUUUCCUCAUAGGCGAAAGAGCCACUCGCUACGUGGAGGAUUCGGUAGUCGCCCGACCAGGCUACUUUGCAGUAGAAUUAGACUCCGGCAUCAAGAGCACUAUGACCUCGAGCGACCACGCGGCGUUGUAUACGUUUGAAUUUCCGGUCAAAAACGACCAGCAACAUCCUCUAGUACUACUUGACCUAACGGACCUAUGGAAGAGUCGUCAAAAUGCUUCAAUUAGUGUUGGCCUCGAAAGUGGGCGGCUAAAGGGAAAUGGCACGUUUCUUCCCAGUUUUGGACCUGGUUCGUACGUGAUGCACUUCUGCGUCGACUUCUUCGGCGGCGAUAUCUUCGACAACGGAGUGUGGGUGAAUAAUCGAGCAGGAACGGACCCGAAAGAGCUUUUCGUCACCCGUGGUUUCAACCUCUUUUAUCUAGAAGCUGGUGGGUGGGUUAGAUUCAGCCAGCUACCUAACAAUACUUUAACCGUCAGGGUGGGAAUAAGUUUCGUGAGUGCUGACCAGGCUUGCCGGCGGGCGGCCGAAGAAAUUCCCAAUCCUCUUAGCGACUUUGACAGACUCGUUGCAGAGGCGGAAGAUGCGUGGCGCGAGAAGCUGAACCCCAUAUCUGUCGACGCUGGUGGUGCCAGCGAUGAGCUUCAAACUAGUUUUUGGAGCGGUUUGUAUCGCACCAUGAUAUCUCCUCAGAACUACACCGACGAAAAUCCGUUUUGGAACAGCGGGAUACCGUAUUUUGACUCGUACUAUUGCAUUUGGGAUUCGUUCCGCGUUCAACAUCCACUCCUUACUAUUCUCGACCCGCACGCUCAAAUCCAGAUGGUCAACUCGCUAUUAGAUAUCUACGAGCACGAAGGUUGGCUACCAGACUGUCAUAUGUCACUCAGUCACGGCUGGACCCAGGGCGGCUCAAAUGCAGAUGUCGUACUAGUCGAUGCUUACGUCAAAAACCUCACCGGUAUCAACUGGGAACUCGCACUCGAAGCUAUCAUCCAAGACGCCGAAGUGGAACCGUUGGAAUGGGCGUAUCAUGGUCGGGGUGGUCUACAAAGCUGGAAGGAUCUCCAAUAUAUUCCUUACCUUGAUUUCGACCCAGUCGGAUUUGGUACUAAUUCGCGUAGCAUUUCAAGAACCCUUGAGUAUGCCUAUAAUGAUUAUUGCCUCGCUACCCUAGCGCAAGGACUCGGGAGAGAUAAUCUAUACGAUAAAUAUGUUUCGCGGGGUGCUAACUGGCAGUACCUGUGGAAGUCAGAUCAGCGUUCGACUAUCGAGGGAAAUGACACCGGAUUUGCAGGCUUCAUGCAGCCAAAGUACCAGAACGGGACUUGGGGAUACCAAGAUCCCAUUGCGUGCUCGGCGCUUGCGAGUUUUUGCUCUCUCACUACCAAUCCUAGUGAGACUUUCGAGGCCAGUAUUUGGCAAUAUCAGUUCCUUGUUCCGCAAUCUAUGUCGGUCUUGGUAGGGCUAAUGGGGACUGAAGAAUCGUUCAUUGAGCGUCUCGACUUCUUUCACACAUCGGGACUAGCUGACAUCUCUAACGAACCGGUCUUUUCGACGGUAUAUCUGUAUCAUUAUGCUGGUCGUCCUGGAUUAUCUACGAAACGGUUGCAUACGUAUAUCCCAUCGGCAUUUAACACAUCACACGGAGGCCUGCCAGGGAAUGAUGACUCGGGCUCGAUGGGGGCGUUUGUCGUAUUUGGGAUGAUAGGUCUAUUCCCCAUAGCUGGUCAAGAUGUGUACCUGAUUUCGGCGCCAUUCUUUCGGGAGGUAAAUAUAACAAGUCCUUUAACGGGCAAGACGGCACAGAUCAAGACGGUCGGGUUCGAUUCCAACUAUGAAAAGAUUUACAUACAAAGCGUAACAGUAAAUGGUAAGCCGUGGACUAGAUCUUGGAUCAGUCAUUCCCUUUUCAGCGAGGGGUGGACGAUAGAAGUAGUACUUGGAAGUCAGGAAUCCGAAUGGGGUACCAAAUUAGAAGAUCGGCCACCGAGCUGGGGUGAGACGAUGGUGUAAUCGAAUGGUAGAAGGUAUAUAACUAGACCUAGCAAUUACUGAUCGAGGUUUACCUUUAAAAGACGGGCCAAAAUACGCAAGGCGCCCUUGGCGAUGAACGAUGGCAGCAGUUUGCAUCUUAUAUCCCUAAGGUAGGUAGAUACCACGUACCCCAGGUAUGUAUCUGGAUCUCUAGCUACUUACUACCCGAACUUGGCAUUCGAACAUAGAACGAA